UCUGGAUCAUCUCCUCCCUUCCCAUUGACCGUCUAUAUUCUUUCACAAUGGCUAUCGCAGGCUCCAAGGUUCUCUUGCUGGGCUCCGGUUUCGUGACCAAGCCCACCGUCGAGGUUCUCAGCAAGGCCGACGUGCACGUCACCGUCGCCUGCCGCACGCUCGAAUCCGCCCAGAAACUCAGCGAGGGGUUCAAAAACACGACGGCGAUCUCGCUGGACGUCAACGACGAUGCGGCGCUCGACCAGGCACUAGCCAAGGUCGACCUGGCCAUCUCGCUGAUCCCCUACACCUUCCACGCGCAGGUCAUCAAGGCCGCCAUCCGCACCAAGAAGCACGUCGUGACGACCUCGUACGUGUCGCCGGCCAUGAUGGAGCUGGACCAGGCCGCCAAGGAGGCCGGGAUCGUCGUCAUGAACGAGAUCGGUCUGGACCCUGGAAUCGACCACCUCUACGCCGUGAAGACGAUCUCGGAAGUCCACGCCUCGGGCGGCAAGAUCACGAGCUUCCUCAGCUACUGCGGUGGGCUGCCGGCGCCGGAGUGCUCCAACAACCCGCUGGGGUACAAGUUCUCGUGGUCGUCGCGGGGGGUGCUGCUGGCGCUGCGCAACGCGGCGAAAUUCUACCGGGACGGGGAGGAGUUCAGCGUGGCGGGCCCCGACCUCAUGGCGACGGCGAAGCCGUACUUCAUCUACCCGGGGUUCGCGUUCGUGGCGUAUCCGAACCGGGACUCGACGCCGUACCGCGAGCGGUACAGCAUCCCUGAGGCCCAGACCGUGAUCCGGGGCACCCUGCGGUACCAGGGCUUCCCCGAGAUGAUCAAGACGCUGGUCGACAUCGGGUUCCUGGACGACACCCCGCAGGAGUACCUGGCGGCGGGCGCGACGAUCAGCUGGAAGGAGGCGACCCAGAGGAUCCUGGGCGCCACUUCCGCCUCCGAGAAAGAUCUGGAGUGGGCGAUCGCCAGCAAGACGCAGUUCGCCAACAACGACGAGCGCAACCGCAUCAUCUCCGGGCUGCGCUGGAUCGGCCUGUUCUCCGACGAGCCCACCAGCCCCCGCGGCAACCCGCUGGACACGCUGUGCGCCACGCUCGAGCAGAAGAUGCAGUACGGCCCCGACGAGCGCGACCUCGUCAUGCUGCAGCACCGCUUCGAGAUCGAGCACAAGGACGGCGCCAAGGAGACCCGCACCAGCACCCUGUGCGAGUACGGUGUGCCCGGCGGCUACUCCGCCAUGGCCAAGACGGUCGGCGUCCCCUGCGGUGUUGCCGUCAAGUUGGUGCUCGAUGGCACGAUUAACCAGAAGGGUGUCAUCGCUCCCAUGACCAUGGACAUCUGCACGCCUCUCAUCAAGGCCCUCAAGGAGGACUACGGCAUCGAGAUGAUCGAGAAGACUUUGUAAACAUUUUACCAGACGUUCUUCUCGCGUGUGUGUUACGAACUCAAUUAAUGACGUGAAAAUGGCCCGGGGUGGUUUAGAUAGCGGCAACAAAAGGCUAGGGUAGAAAAAACCAAUACUAUUUUACGCAAUCGUACCUAUGAGUA